AUGACAAGGUUUAAAGAUGAGUCUAUAUCAAGCUCGGUUGCAAUUGACUCAGUUGAAAAGGAUGUUAAAGAACAAAUUAAUCUUUUUGAAGAUGAGGACACUCGUUUGUUUUACGAAAGUUUGCCUGAUAUCAAAGCAAUGGUGCCUGCAAUCCUUUAUAAAGACAGUGAACAAACCACUGUGGAGUCAAGUCAAACGAAGAAUGAAGAUGUAGACUCUGUAGGCACUGAAGACAUUGAUAUUGACACAGUCGAAUCAGAGUUAGCUAAAGAAGAAGAAUUGAUUAAAGUAUCAGAAGAUAACAAUGAGUCGACUAAUGGCACAUCUAUUAAUGAUAAAACUAAGCCAUACUUACUGAACAUUGAUGACGGUGAAGAAGAUACAAAUUCCUCUUCUGGUAGACUUCUCAUGGAAACAUUUUUAACCCAAUUGCCAAAUUGCAUUAAUCGUGAUCUCAUUGAUAAAGCAGCUAUAGACUUUUGUUUAAAUCUGAAUAAACGAGCAAAUCGUCGACGGCUUGCGAAAGCAUUAUUCAGUGUUCCAAGAACACGUUAUGAUUUAUUACCAUUCUAUGCGCGCUUUGUAGCUGCAUUAGCUCCAGUAAUGCCAGAUUUGGUACAGGAUAUUAAUUCUAUGCUUACAGGAGAAUUUCGUUGGCGUUUAUCAAAGCGAGAUCAGUUGAAUAUCGAGUCUAAGCUAAAAGUGGUACGAUUUAUCGGUGAACUUGUAAAAUUUAAAGUUUAUCCAGCUCAUCAAGCUUUGAGUUGUUUGAAACAACUUCUGCCUCAAUUUGUACAUCAUAAUAUUGAUAUGGCAUGCGCUUUAUUGGACACAUGUGGGCGUUUUCUCUAUCGUCUGCCUUUGUCGCAUAAACGUACAAAAGUUUAUUUAGAAGUAAUGCUUAGAAAAAAAAUCGCCUUACACAUGGAUCAACGUUACUCCAUUAUGAUUGAAAAUACUUAUUACUAUUGUAAUCCACCGUCAUCUGAUCGUCAGAUUGUUGAACCGAUAAAACUAACACCUCAAAUGAUGUUUAUACGUCAUACUUUACUGACAACAUUGGAUCGAACAACUGUCAACUCUGUUCUACGUUUAAUUCGAAAAAUGGACUGGGAAGAUCAAGAACUUGUCGAGUACACAUGUACACUUUUUACUAGAGCAUGGGAUAUCCGUUUUACUAAUAUCAAUUGUCUAGCUAGUGUCUUAUCUGGACUAGCUGUCUAUCAUCCAGACUUUGCUACAAAUGUUGUAGACAACGUCAUUGAAGAUAUUCGGAUAGGAAUGGAGUUAAAUCUUCCACAUUUGAAUCAACGUCGAAUUGUAAUGGUCAAAUACCUUGGAUUGUUAUACAACUAUUGUUUAGUUGAUUCACCGGUGAUUUUUAAAACAUUGUAUUCCCUUCUCACAUUCGGUGGGAGCUUAAGUCUUGAUUUCCCAAGCAUUAUUGAUCCACCGGAUUCAUUAUUCCGAAUUAUAUUAAUCUGGAAAAAGAAACGAAAGUUGAAUAUAUUUUUAAUCUAUUUCCAACGUUACUAUUGGUUCAAGAGGUCUCUUCCAAUAUGGAUACAGUCAAAAAUCGAUACUGAGUUACAACCAGUUAAAUCGACUGAACGAGAAAUAAAAAGUGAAUUUCAGAAUGGUGAGACUGUAUCGUCUAUCGAAGUUCCUCUUUCCAAUCAUUCUGAGGAUUCAUCAGUUUCUGGUACUUUGGAACAGACGGUUGAAAAUGCGUCCAAUUCGACUUUGGAUCCUUCAACCCCUUCCCCUGUAUUUGUUCCUAUGCGUUUUCCUGUUGCAGUUGAACAGCAGUAUUUUGAAACUUUACAACAACUACACGUAAAUAUUGGUCGAGCAAAAAGUUUUGUACAGGCUCAGCGUCUUGUCAGCCAUUUAGAAGCCCGAUGUUUACCUCGUCUUGCACGCCUUAAAGCUACAUAUGGAUUAAUGAAUGAAUCGACAAAUGUGGAAAAUGAUGAUCAUGUUCAGAAAUCACUUCGACCGACCGGUCCUGGUCAAAUGGAUGCAAUCGCUGAAGAAAGUGAACAAGACGGUGACCUUCAGUUAGAUGAAGAUGAUUAUGCUAUGGAUGAUGAUGAUGAUGAUGAAGAUGAUGAUGAAGAUGAAGUUGAUGAAGAACCAGGUGAUGAAGAAGAUAGUGGACGUCAACAUCGUCAACCUGUUGAUCCAGUAGAAUCAGAUGGCAACCGUCAUCGUGGUCGUAUAGAUAAUCGUCUAAGUCAAGAAGAUAUUGAGGCGACAGUGAUGAAUGGCAUGGAGAAGAUAGAAGAGAAAGACGAAGACGAAGAGUAUCAAAAUGAUGAUUUAAAACCACGAUAUAUUGACUGUCCUGAAGAUGUUGCUUUCUGUGAAGCUUUGGAUAAAAUGAUGGCUGAAGCCUUAUUAUCCUCUGCACCUGCUAGUAACACAGCAAGUAAUGUAAACAGUUCAGUCAACACGACUGUUGAUGCAAAUCCUGGUUUGUCUCGUCCUGUAGCUGUAAAUUCACUUCCUGCUCCAGAUAUCCUACAAAUGGCAGUAGCGAAAAGUCGUGUAGGAAUUAACACUCAUGGAGGUGUAUCAGGAAAAAAGUUGUGUAACGAUGACAACUUAACAUCAAAUAAUCCUGUACAAUCAUCUAUACUAAAUGAUGAAGGGAAUCAGAAUAUUGUUCCAUUUACACUGAUCUCACGUCGUGGAAAUAAACCUCAUCUAGUUCCAUUAGCUGUUCCUGAUUCAGUUCACUUUGCAGCACGUUACAUACAAACUGCGGCUGCUGAAAGAGAAGAAAAAGCUCGAAUGAAACAACUUGUUCUUGAGAUGCAUGAAGCUCAAAAGGAAGAAGAAAUGGAAUGGGGUCAUUAUGGUGGUCCGGAUGCUGUUUUGGCUCAUCAAUUCCCUCUGAACGUCAAUCGAGAUCGGUGGGUGAGAUAUAAUCACCCGAAAGGUGCCCCAGAUGCUGAUGCAGUUUUCGGAACAUCUAGUCAAAAGCGAUGUGCCAAUUGA